UAAACGCAGGUUGCGUCCGGUAAAUCAGAUUAUUGGACGGUAAAAGGCUGGCUAUGGUAAAAUGGAUUGUGACGUGAUGGUUUAAAAUCCCGGGGGAGGGAGAGCAUCGCAUGUCCUCGCCCACGGUAAAGCAUGGCUCAAAUAUCACCCUAGUGAGACGUGAACCAGCACGAGCGGUAACAUGGCCACCUAUCACCAGAUACCAGAUGAUGAGAAGGGGUAUGAGUUGGACCUCUUCUGUGUCCCCAAACACUAUGAGGAGGAUUUAGACCGGGUCAUCAUCCCUCAUGGACUGAUCAUGGACAGGACUGAGCGCCUGGCUCGUGAUAUAGUCCGGGACAUGGGGGGACACCAUAUAGUAGCACUGUGUGUUCUCAAAGGAGGUUAUAAAUUCUUUGCCGACCUGCUGGACUACAUCAAGGCCCUAAAUCAGAACUGCGAUAAGUCUGUCCCGUUGACUGUGGAUUUCAUUAGACUAAAGAGCUAUUGUAAUGACCAGUCUACAAACAGUGUCAAAGUUAUUGGAGGGGAUGAGCUCUCUACUCUAACGGGGAAGAAUGUUUUGAUAGUUGAGGACAUUGUGGAGACUGGGAGGACUAUGGAGACACUGCUAUCACUGCUGAGUGAAUGCAAUCCAAAGAUGGUCAAAGUGGUCAGCCUUCUAGUUAAGAGAACACCAAGGAGCUCAGGAUAUAGACCAGACUACAUGGGGUUUGAGGUGCCUGAUUGGUUCCUGGUGGGAUAUGCCCUGGACUACAACGAGUACUUCAGAGAUCUCAGUCACAUCUGUAUACUGAACGAGAAAGCAAAGGUGAAGUACAAAGUGUGAGCUGAAGAGGAGGCAAUGGACAGAUGGAUGAACCACUAGGAAAAGUUUGAUUUUGAGAUUUUUGGGGUUCUCAACCAAAUGUUUUUUUUUUACUCAUGGAUCCUACUUACAUAUUUAAUAGAGCCCCACAGUGGUGGUGUCAUAAUACCUAUAUAACCUAGAGGUCAAUCAGAGAAAUGGUUCCAAUUGUUUUUCCACCAUUCAUUUUCCCCAUAGGGAAUUUUAGAAACAAUUAAAAUAUGAUGUUUUGAUAAACAUGUAAUUCCCUCUCAGACAAGGUGACUUUUAUCAAUAUAUUUGGCUCUAUUUACUCUCAGAUUUGAAAAAUGCUAAUUAGCAUCAAA